ACUACUGAACUUGCCUGAAGGAUGGCGGUGGAAGAGGAGGCCGGCAGACCCACAUGGAGCAGGCAGAUCGAGUUCACUUUGGCUGGCAUUGGAUGUGCUGUGGGACUGGGAAACAUCUGGAGGUUUCCGUACCUGUGUUACAGAAGUGGAGGAGGUGCGUUUCUGUUGCCGUACCUGCUGAUGCUGGUGGUGCUGGGGAUCCCACUGCUGCACAUGGAGCUGACUCUGGGGCAGUAUCUAAGAAGAGGACCCGUCCUGGCCCUGGCCAAAGCCUGUCCACUGUUCAAAGGUGUUGGCAUGGCAACGGUGGCCAUCUCUUUCAUCAUGUGCACAUACUAUAAUAUAAUAAUCACGUGGGCCCUGUACUACAUGUUCAGCUCUUUUCGGAGUGAGUUGCUAUGGCAAAACUGCAACAACACGUGGAACACGGUGAACUGCACCGACCAAGUGACCAACAGCUCCUCGUCCUCCACCGCCAGCCAGCAGUUCUUCAACUAUAAGGUGCUGGAGAGAACCAGUGGUGUGGAGGAGACUGGCACCUUGAGGUGGGAGCUCUUCCUCCUGCUGAUGCUGGCCUGGAUCCUCGUCUACCUCUGCAUCUUUAAAGGAGUCAAAUCCACUGGAAAGGUGGUGUACUUCACUGCUCUGUUUCCAUACGUGAUUCUUCUGGUUCUGCUGAUCAAUAACGUCCAGCUGCCGGGAGCUUUAGACGGCAUCAAAUUCUUCAUCAUACCCGAGUGGGACAAGCUGCUCAAUGUGCAGGUAUGGAUUAAUGCAGCAGCUCAAAUCUUUAACUCCAUUGGGAUUGGCUUUGGCUCGCUGAUGGCGAUGGCCAGCUACAACAACUACAACAACAAUGUCCUCAAAGACACUCUGGCCAUUGCCAUCACAAACUCCCUGACUAGUAUUUUCGCUGGAUUUGUCAUAUUUUCUGCGUUUGGCUACAUGUCGCACCUUCAGAAUGUGCCGGUCAGUGAAAUCGCAGUUGACGGUCCGGGCCUAGUGUUUGUGGUUUACCCACAAGCCUUUGUGACGAUGCCUGUUGCACCUCUAUGGGCCUUUCUCUUCUUUUUCAUGCUACUCUGCCUCGGCCUCGACAGUCAGUUCGCUAUGGUGGAGGUGAUGGUGACCAGUCUGCUGGACAGCUACAGUAAACCCAUUUUGAAGCACCUCAAACGCAAGGAGUUUCUGGUGCUUUUAGUUUGCGGUGCGGCGUUUCUUCUGGGUAUCCCUAAUGUCAUGCAGGUCGGGAUCUAUGUGUUCCAGUUGAUGGAUCAUUACACCGCCAUCGUCUCCAUCAUGUUCCUGGCCUUUUUUGAAGUGGUUGGUGUUUGCUGGUGUUAUGGAGUCAAGCGUCUGUCCAGUAAUUUAGUAGAGAUGACAGGAAAGAGACCCAGCAUUUUCUUCAGGAUCUGCUGGUGGGUCAUUUGUCCUGCUUUGAUAACCGUUAUCCUGGUGUUCUCAGUGAUUCAAUUUAAACCAGCGCGGUAUGAGGAUUAUGUGUACCCACCGUGGGCUCAGGGUGUUGGCUGGCUCAUCGCUCUGGCGUCCAUCAUCUGGAUUCCUCUAGCAGCAGUGCACACGCUCUGGGUUCUGCCCGGAUCCUUCACUGAGAAGUUAAAAAAGUCCAUCACACCAUUUUCACUGGAUGAUGAUAAUGAUGAUAGCCCAUAUUACCAGCAGAAAGGUGGAAUUAUGGAGACGAUUCCCAACAUCGCUGUCAUCAGCUCGAUUGCACCACUGCCUGAUAAACCACCAAUCCAGACUAAUUUAUGAUCUGUAACAAUCACUAAACCAGACUGCUGGAAACCAGAACUCCCUCAGGAUUAUUCAGUGGACCAGUGAAGAUCUGACUAAAGUAUUGGCCUAAAUUCUAGUUUCAAUAAAUAUAGCUAUCUUUGGGAUUCAUCUCAGUUAACAAAAACAACAUAUU